GAGCCCUGUCUGGGUGAGUUCACACAUUUCCUUCUCAGGGCUGGAUAGCCACGCUGAAAUCAGGCUGAACCCAGGCUGGGGACCCUGGAGGGAUGAGGCCCCAACAGGACCUGGGGCAAGAAGGUGGCCAGUGGGGCAGCAGCCUCAGCACCAGGACUUCUACAGAAGACCAGAACAUAAAUAACAGUCCUAUCUAUAUGACUGUACUCAGUCACUUCAAAAGACAUAAGAUUGAGAUUUCAAAUGCAAUAAAAAAGUCAUUUCCUUUCCUUGAAGUCCUUCGUGACCGUGGAUUCAUCACCGAUAAAAUAUAUGAAGAUUGUCAAGAAUCUUGUAGAAACUUGGUCCCUGUUCAGAGAGUGGUGUACAACGUUCUUAAUGAACUGGAGAAGACAUUUGACCUGCCACUUCUGGAAGCACUGUUCAGCAAGGCCAACAUGCAGGAAUACCCUGAUUUAACUCACAUUUGUACAAACUUUGAAAAAGUGAUCCAGAAGAAAAUUUAUCAGCAAGCAAGUGACGGAGAAAAGCUUGCAGAGAGCCCUCACACCCAGCUGAGCCUUGAACAAGUUUCUUGUGAACCAGAAUCUCCCCAAAUGGGUAGAGAAGGAGAAUCUGAAGAGCUUACCUUUGACCUACUACCCCGUGAUGAGCAAGAAUCAGAGCUACCAGCAAAUGAAAAUGAGAAGUGUUCCUGCGUUAUGUGCUCCUCAAAAGGUGUGCCAGGGGGUCUGAAGUCAAGGACUGGAAGUCGCCGAGAUCAUAUGAAUCUUGGAAACAACCCUACUUUGGGAAAACACAAGAGGAAAAGAAUUUCUUGUGAACCAGAAUCUCCCCAAAUGGGUAGAGAAGGAGAAUCUGAAGAGCUUACCUUUGACCUACUACCCCGUGAUGAGCAAGGUAAGUGUGUCUUAAAGAAGCGGAAGGAAGAAGCACUACCAGAAAAUGGAAAUGAGAAGUGUUCCUGCGUUAUGUGCUCCUCAAAAGGUGUGCCAGGGGGUCUGAAGUCAAGGACUGGAAGUCGCCGAGAUCCUAUCAAUCUUGGAAACAACUCUACUUUGGGAUGCAAGAGGAAAAGAAAAAAAAGGAAAGGGCAUUCCUGGACAAGAUAUAAAAGGAAAUGGCAGAGAAACACACGUCAAAGAGGGAAAAAGAGAGGCAGAUAUAGAAUCCACUUAAAUUCUAGUAACAAAGCCCUAAAGAAGAGAACCCUGUCAAGAGUUCUUGCCCUGUCAAGAGGCAAAGAAGGGUCAAGAAAGCACAGAGAUAACAGUGUGGAUUUUCGCUCAGAAGUACUUCCUGUGACCUGUGGAGAGGUGAAAGGGAUAUUAUAUAAGAAAAUAUUGAAACAAGGAGCCAAGAAGAAGUGCAUACAGGGUGAGGAUGGAACAUGGUUGACUCCCGGAGAAUUUGAAAUCAGAGGAGGUCGUGCAAGAUGGAAGUCCUGGAAACGGAGUUUGUACUGUGGUGGGAGAGCCCUACUAUGGCUGAUGGAGAAAGGAUUUCUCUAUAAUCCUCCAAGAAUAUACAGAAGGAGAAAAAAGCAGAAAAUACCAAAGUCUUGCAACAGCAUCAUAGUUGACCUGUGUGAGAGAAAUUCAGACAUAUGUGAGAUCUGCCUGGACGGAGGGAAGCUCUUCUGCUGUGAUACUUGUUCCAGAUCCUUUCACGAGGACUGUCACUUACCCGCUGUGGAGACUGAGAGGAGCCCGUGGAGCUGCAUCUUCUGCAGGAUAAAGGAGUCUUCAGGAAGCCAGCAGUGUGGCAGGGAGCCCGAGGUCCUGGCCAGGCCGAUGGGGCCUGAGGAGCAGCUGAAAUGUGAGUUCCUCCUCUUGAAAGUCUAUUGCCAUUCAGAGAGCUCAUUUUUUGCGAAGAUUCCCUAUUAUUAUUAUAUUAAAGAAAUCUCCCAAAACAUCAAGGAACCCAUGUGGUUGGACAAAAUUAGAAAGAAGCUAAGCGAGCAGGGUUACCCUCAGGUGGAGGGCUUUGUGCGGGACAUGCGCCUCAUCUUUCAGAACCACAGGGCAUCUUACAAGUACAAAGACUUUGGCCUAAUGGGCCUUAGACUGGAGGCGGAAUUUGAGAAGACUUUCAGGGAAGUGUUUGCUAUUCAGGAAACAGCUGAGAGCCAUUCACCGGAGUAGUGGAUGCUGCUGGUUCCCUGGCCCCUCCCCUCUGGGGGCCGACUUCUCCUGUCACA